AGAGAGAGAGAGAGAGAGAGAGAGAGAGAGCAACUUCGCCAAGGACGUCGCGAGCGAUGCGUCCGGUUAGCUCAGCUGUCGCUGUAAAACACACACACAGACUCUCUCUACCCACCAGCCAGCCACUACUAAACCGCCCCCUCCCCAACCUCUCUCUCUCUCACAGUCGAUCUUUACACCAAGAAACGCGCUCCGGACGUGCUCGUGGUUUAGCGGAGCUCGCCAUUGCCAUCAAUUGGCAAUGCUGGAGGGGGAGGUGGUGUCGAGCCCGGCGUCGUCCGGGGGCACGUCCUCGCCGCCGCCGUCGCCAGCUGAGGCCGCGGCGAGGCGCGGCGGAAGCGGAGGGGAGAAGCGGGCGCGGGACGGCGGGAGGCACCCGACUUACCGCGGCGUCCGGAUGCGGGCGUGGGGGAAGUGGGUGUCGGAGAUCCGGGAGCCGCGCAAGAAGUCGCGCAUCUGGCUCGGCACGUUCCCGACGCCAGAGAUGGCGGCGCGCGCGCACGACGCCGCUGCGCUCGUCGUCAAGGGCCCCGGUGCUGUGCUCAACUUCCCGGAGAUGGCCGCAGCGCUCCCGCGCCCGGUCUCCGCCGCGCCGCGCGACGUCCAGGCCGCCGCGGCCUGCGCCGCCGCCAUGGAGCCAUCGCCGCUGCUGGGCCCCGCCGCCGCCUCUGCGGCAUCGCAACCCGUGGCGACCGGCCCCCCAGCGGCGGGGCAGCAGCAGCAGCAGCAGGACGACGAGCUCGAGGCGAUCGUCGAACUCCCGCGGCUCGACGAGGACGCCGCCGAGCUCGUGUCGUUCGGCGCGACCUCGUACCACGACGUGGCGUCGUGGUGGUGCGACCCUGUGUGGAUCGAUGACGCCGGGUACAUGGCAGCGGCGCAUGACGACCUGUUCGGGCUCGGGCUCGGGCCCGACGGCGACCACGGCUGGGGCCAGUCGGUUGGUGCCCUCCUUUGGAACUUGUAAUUGCUGGUCCGCUAAUCAACUAGCGUGUAAUUAACUUAUUUUAAUCUCUCUCUAUAUUCUCAUAAUCUUCUUCUGAAUCUGUAGAUAGCUAGAGAGUUGCAACUUGCUAUUUCCUAAAAAAAAAAGUUGCAACUUGCCGGGGUUGAACUUGAA